AAGUCUACAAGACCUUUAUAUACUCGCAAAAGUUGUCGGCCUUUUGCAAAAGAAACCAAAUACUCAGACAUACUUUACAUGAAGGACUUCAAUGUGUCAUAGUACAAUCAUCGACUUUGAUCUGUUUCUUUAGGACCGUCAUUAUUUCUAGGUCUCUGGUAUAGCUCCCAAUGCAUGGAAAUUGUGUUGGCCCUUCUUUUCAACCGCUGUCUCAACUGUUUUUCUAUUGUCUUUGGUUAUAAAUCUUUGCUACAUGGCCUAAAGCUGCACAAAUCAGGAAGGCAAGAGGGCCUGUAACGAUCCAAUUUCAAUGGCUAGGCCUAUGCAUAAAACCCAUAUUCCAGGCUUUGGUAAUUGGGAUGUUGCAAACAAUAAUGAAAUUAUCACCGAAUACUUUGAGAUUGCAAGAGCUGGUAAGGAGAAAAGGGAAGGCAAUGGGAAGGGGCAUGUUCAGUCUCAUCCCGAAAGAGAGCCUGGCAUUCCCAGAAGCUCAAAUAUAGCGGAUGGUAAUGCUGACAUUAGAAAUGGAAGAAAAAUAAAGGUUGUUCAGAGAGCUGCAAAUAAUACUGCAAGACAAACGGAAGCAAUUCCAAUCAAAGCACCAAAAUCCUUUCCUGCUGCAUCAGGGCAAAUGAGAGCAAAUGACAGUGGACAGGUUCUGAUGCACCUACCUGCAGUACACACUCCAACAGCUUCCCAAAAUUUAGUAGCCCAACAUAGAGUGCCAGCCCCAAUUAGGCCAUCCAGAAGUGCCCCUUUGGGACCUAAAGAGAGUGAAGUGUAUCAGGUAAAAUCAGGAAUUAGGAAAGAAAAUUAUCAGAGAGGAUUUAGGAGUAGAACAGAAAUGGACCCAUCUGUCUGGACCCAGAAAGAGUAUGGAAGGAGCAGAACGCCGAGUCCAUCACACAGUAGGCCCAGCAAUGCCCACAGAGAAUUUGGAGCGGGAAAACCACCCAGUCCAUCAUACAUUAGGCCCAGCAAUGCCCGGAGAGAAUUUGGAGUGAGCAAAACACCCAGUCCAUUAUUCAGUAGGCCUGGCAAUGAAAAACCAUCAUCAAACAAGAACCACAGAAAAAAAGCAUUGCCUAAAUUUGGUGAUUGGGAUUCAAACGACCCCGCAGCUGGUAUUGCAUUCACAUCAAUAUUCAAUGAAGCAAGAAAUGAAAAGAAAGAAGCAGCAUCUGCCAUUAAGACUCCCUCACAGAUGGAUGCUGCUACUCCUAAAGAUGAAGAUUUAUAUAAGCAACCAAGCAAUUCACACAAGAGACAUGGAGUGAAAUUGAUUUCAAUUAUUUCAAAAAUUUUCAGCGGUAAAAUGAUUUGUCAAUGAAUUAACGGCUGUUCAUGUUCAUUUUUGACAUCAAAUUCAUUAUAGUUGUCGAAUGCAGACCUUUCAGGUUGGAAUAAUGCUACAGACUCUCUUGUAAAUGCUUCCAUAAUUUGUGCAAUAUGCAGAAGAGCUUUAUUUGUUUCCUAUUAAAACUUUGCUACUAUCAAAAUUUACUUUUUCUA